UCUAGUAAUUCAAUAUGGCGGAUUGAGAACGAAGAGAGCGAAGAAUCUAGCAAUGGCCAUAACAUUUCGUAAUACUCUCUUGUAGUUUAGAAUUUGAACUUACCAAAAAGGUUUUCUAAUGGAGACUGAUCAAGACAAAAGUCAGAAUGAUGAACGGCAGCAAUGGAAACUGGAGAAAGACUCAGAACUCAGGAUUGAAAUUACAGAUGACAGUAAACCUGUCAAUAUCAUGGUUAGCAAGUUUAUUUUGUUUAUUGAAGCAUAUUUUAUGAUUAAAUCUCAAAGGAAAAUCUAUACUUCCAAAGAAACCCCUAUGGUCAUGUACCUCAACUUGCACAUGGCCUUAGAACAAAUGAGAGAAAAAGCAGAUAAACCUGACAAACAAGACCUUGGACCAAGGGUCAUGGUUGUUGGGCCUACUGAUGUUGGAAAAUCAACUCUGUGUCAUCUACUUCUAAAUUAUGCAGUAAGAAUGGGUAGAAGACCUGUAUAUAUUGACUUGGAUGUAGGCCAGGGCACUAUUGGUGUUCCAGGAUCAAUGGGAGCAUUGUUAAUAGAACGRCCAGCUGACAUAGAAGAAGGUUUCUCAUUACAAGCGCCUUUGGUCUAUUGCUUUGGACAUACCUCACCUUCAAAUAAUGAAAAGCUCUACAAUAAGAUCUCAUCAACUCUUGCUGAUGUAGUAUUUCAAAGAUUUGAAAAGAACAAAAAAGCUAUGACAAGUGGAUUUGUUAUUAAUACUUGUGGUUGGGUAACAGGACUUGGGUAUAGAAUACUUGUACAUGCUGCUAAAGAACUUAAAGUUAAUGUUAUUGUUGUGCUUGACCAAGAAAGGUUAUACAAUGAUCUWAAAAAGCAAUGCAGUGAUGAUGUUCAAAUUGUUCACUUACCCAAAUCUGGAGGGGUUGUUGUCCGRAGCAAGGAAACAAGGCGCAAUACAAGAGAUGAUCGUGUAAGAAGCUAUUUUUAUGGACAUCAAGGGAACCUUUAUCCUCAUUCGUUUGAAGUGAARCUUGCUGAUGUGAAAAUCUUUAAGAUUGGAGCUCCCAUAGUUCCUGAUUCUUGUCUACCACUUGGAAUGGAACAGAGUGAUAACCAGACAAAACUUGUAUCUGUUGUACCGAGUCAUGAUCUGAAACACUGUGUUUUAGCAGUAAGCGCUGCUGAGUCCCUUGAAGAAGAUCUUGUAACUACAAACGUAGUKGGAUUUCUUGUUGUGAACAACAUUGAUCUUGAUCGGCAAGUCAUGGUAGUUCUAUCUCCAGCACCACGUCCACUUCCAAGGAAAUUCUUAAUACAAACUGAAGUUAGAUUCAUGGACUUCAAAUAAACCAGUGCAYCACMAAUGAAAAGGCACAAAAAAGCAAUAAAGACACUGCUGUUUCAAACCAAGCUCAAACUGGACGAUAAUCGAUGGUUAGAAAGAAGGCGUGYAACCUGAGAAAGAAGAUCUGAUUAGUCAGGUAUUAUAGUCAAAUAGUCAAAUAGACAAAGGAAAACAGUGGAGGUAGCGACGACUAAGGUAUUAUCAGUCYCACAUUUGAAGCUCCCUUGCACUAUUUUACUAGAAUACUUCUUAAUUUGGAAAAAGGAAUAGUCCAAGAAAGCGAAUCAGAAGUUUUGUUCCCCCCAGAUGAAAUUGCUUUCACCUCACAUACAAGUGCUUUAUUUCGUUUAUUUUAGUUCAUUCUAUUAUCAUUAUAAMACUCCUUGUUCAAUUUGUAUCACUAUACUUUUUCUGCGGUAUAUUUUACUUUGCCUACAUUUAUUUUCUGCAACAAGAAAAAGAAAAUCAAAAACAAUAAUACAUUUUGGAAAAAYCAAGAUGAAUAUGGAAAGAUGGGUACACAUGAAGUAUAGACAGAAGAGUACAAAGACAGUUUGUUUUAGUUUAUACAGCAAGUAGAUUGGCAAUAUGAAACAAUGAAAACUAUCUUAAAGGAAGACUACUCUUGUCAAUUUUUACCCAUAGACUUAAGCAUUUGCAUAUCCACGUUACGGCUUUGAUUUACUAUAUGAAAUUUAACAUKUUACCUUUUUGAAAACUAUUUAUGACACCUUGAUUCAAACUUGCAAUAAAGUUACACUGAACACAAAUAAUAGUUGUGUAUCAUUAG